AAAAAAUUAUAUCUUUUUUUAACUCGUGCAUCGAAAAAAAUUGAAAAUGCUUGAUUUUGUAACGGUGUUACUAGAUCCCUUCUUGCUUAUCGGACUUCUUCUUGGUAGCCUAUACUUUUAUCUUAAGGCGACUUUUGAUUUUUGGCAAUGUCGCGGUGUACCAUUCAGAAAGCCAACCGUGCUCGUUGGAAAUUUCGGUUCCCUACUUUUAUUCCAAAAGUCACAACCGGAAGGUAUCAAAGAAAUGUACCAGUGGUUCAAAGAUGAAAGAUUCUUCGGCGCGUUCCGCGUAAGAACGCCGGUAUUAAUCUUACGCGAUCCCGAUCUGGUAAAGAGUGUAUUUGUCAAAGAUUUUGCUUACUUCACGAACCGUGGAAUUCCAAUUAAUAACACUCAGGAUCCACUCUCCGGGCAUCUGUUCAAUCUCGAAGGACGCAAGUGGAAGGGCCUCAGGUCGAAAUUGACACCCGCGUUCUCGUCAGGCAAACUGAAGCGGAUGUUCUACCUGUUGGUGGAGUGCUCCGAGGAGUUGCAGAGGCUCAUCGACGUAAGCUGCAACGCGGAUCGUAAUACAAUCGAGGUGCGGGAACUCGCAGCGAAAUUCACCAUCGACGUUAUCGGUAGCUGUGCCUUCGGCAUACAGAUACACGCUCUCACUGAUGAGGAAUCCGAAUUUCAUCGGGCGGCGAAGAGGCUCUCGAAGCCGAGCUACAAGACGACCCUCUGGAGGAUGCUGCGAACGGCCAUGCCGAAGUUGUACAAGCUGCUAGGCGUACAAAUCAUCGAUCCGAAUGUCACCAGAUUCUUCAAGGACGUGGUGUCGCAGAUGAUCGAUCAGAGAGAGAAAAAUGAUACUCGAAGACACGACUUCAUGGACCUACUGGUCGAAUUAAAGAACAAGGGCGUUCUGGAGAACGAAUCUAGCGCGCAAAUCUGCAACGAGGACACCCAAGCGGCAAAGGAAAUUGAAUUAGACGAAAACGCUAUUGCAGCGCAAGCUUUCGUCUUCUUCACCGCUGGCUACGAAACAUCCUCGAACACCAUCGCAUUCUGUCUUUACGAGUUAGCUUUGAAUCAGGAAGUCCAAGAAAGAACCAGACAGGAUAUACGCAAUGCCAUAGAAGCACGAGAUAAUAAAUUAACUUACGACGUAGUACAAGAGAUGAAGUAUCUCGAUAUGGUAAUAUUAGAAACUCUCAGAAAGUAUCCGCCAGCCCCAUUGCUAUCUCGGAAGUGUGAGUAUAAUUACCAGAUACCUAAUAGUAAAGUGGAAUUGCCAGCCGGUAUGCGGGUGAUUAUACCGAUUUAUGGCUUUCAUCAUGAUCCAAAUUAUUAUCCUGAUCCGACAAAAUUCAAUCCUGAAAGAUUUACAGAAGAGAAUAAACGCACAAGACAUCCUUACACAUAUCUUCCAUUUGGAGAAGGGCCACGAAAUUGCAUAGGAACGCGAUUUGCCUUGCUGGAAAUCAAGAUGGGGAUAAUAUCGUUCCUCAAGGAUCAUCGAGUGGAAAUGUGCGAAAGAUCUAUUGUACCGAUAAAAUUUAGCAAACGAAGUCUCGUGACCACGAGCGAAAAAGGAUUUUGGCUCACCAUUAUUCCAACCAUCUAGAGAUCUGUCGAUUUUUUAUUUAAAAAAAAAUGUUUAGGAAUUUUUUAAAGAAAAU